GACUUAACCGACCCAAUGCCAUGUGAUGAGUUUUAUUUACACCAAAUGUAAGGGACCAAACCCAACACAACAUAGCGUCUCCCAAACCAACAUGUCCUCUCACCACUUUGUGUUGGUUCCACUAUUCGCCCAAGGCCACAUGAUCCCCAUGAUAGACAUGGCAAAGAUCUUGGCUCAACAAGGUGUGAUGGUGACUUUGCUCAGCACUCCUCAAAACGCCUCAAGGUUCGACCAAACAAUUCGUAGAGCAUCACAAUCUGGCCUUCCAAUCCACCUCUUGCAACUCCCAUUCCCAUGCCAACAAGUAGGCCUUCCCUUAGGCUGCGAGAAUCUCGACACUUUGCCAUCAAGAACCCUCCUCAGAAGAUUCUACAAUGCCCUUGACAUGCUUCAAGAGCCCUUGGAACACUUCCUCCAACACCAUGCUUCUCCACCAACCUGCAUUAUAUCAGACAAGUGCCUCUCUUGGACUUCCACCACAGCCUCCAAGUUCAACAUUCCAAGGCUUGUCUUCCACGGGAUGUCUUGCUUCUCAUUGCUCAGCUCCCACAACAUCAAACUCACUAAUGCUCAUCUUUCUGUCAACUCUGACUCACAACCUUUUCUCAUACCUGGCCUGCCCCAAAGGGUUGAGAUCACAAGAGCACAGCUUCCUGGGGCGUUUGUAGCCCUACCUGACUUGGAUGACUUCAGGGACAAAAUGGUUGAGGCUGAAAUGUCCUCUCAUGGGAUUGUGGUCAAUAGUUUUCAGGAAUUGGAACAAGGGUGUGCUGAGGAGUAUGAGAAGGUUAUGAAUAAGAGGGUUUGGUGCAUUGGUCCUGUCUCCUUGUGUAACAAGGAGAGUUUGGACAAGUUUGAGAGAGGGAACAAACCUUCUAUUGAGGAGAAACAAUGCUUGGAAUGGCUCAACUUGAUGGAACCAAGGUCAGUUAUUUAUGUGUGUCUUGGUAGCUUAUGUAGGCUUGUUCCUUCUCAACUAAUUGAACUUGGGUUGGGCUUGGAAGCAUCAAAUAGACCCUUUAUUUGGGUGGUCAAAACUAUAGGAGAGAACUUUUCUGAGCUAGAAAAGUGGCUGGAAGAUGAAAAAUUUGAGGAAAGGAUCAAGGGAAGGGGUCUUUUGAUUAAGGGAUGGGCACCACAAAUUUUAAUAUUGUCACACUCCGCAAUCGGAGGAUUCUUGACUCACUGUGGCUGGAAUUCAACGAUAGAAAGUGUGUGCUUUGGGGUGCCAAUGAUAACGUGGCCUUUAUUUGCUGAACAAUUUUUGAAUGAAAAAUUUGUUGUUGAGGUUUUGAAGAUUGGUGUUAGAAUAGGUGUUGAGGUCCCGGUGAGGUUUGGUGAUGAAGCCAAAACUGGGGUUUUGGUGAAGAAAAGUAAAAUCGUUGAUGCUGUAGAGAUGACUAUGGAGGGAGGUGAAGAGGGGGAGAAGAGGAGAACAAGAGCAACAGAACUUGGAAACUUUGCUAGAAGGGCUCUAGAGGAGGAAGGUUCGUCACGGUUCAACAUUUCGUGCUUGAUUCAAGAUACAAUGAAACAUUAAUCGACUAUAGGUUAGAGUCACGUAUAUGGAUAUGAUUGAUUUUUUUUUUUUUUUUUUUUUUUUU